UUCAAAAGAUAAUUCUAACGGUCUUCGAUCCUCUGACACUAGAGUAGUAGUUUUUACCUCUCUUAUCUCAUUUGAUGUUUGUUUGAAUAAACUGGUGUUUUGUGUAUUUUAUUAGUUGUGUUUAGUUUACAAUGUCACAAUUUAAAUUCGUGACGGAAAUGAAUAAUUUGGUGACAAUGGAAGGUCCUUUAACAAAAGGUCCUCCACCCCGAUGGCAACGUAAAGGUCAAGAAAAUUACCAGUCAAGCAUUAAUCAAAGUCUCAACUCUUCAAAGCAAAAGUCCUUUUCUACAUCAAUUACAAAAACACCUACAAAAGCAGCCGCCGGUUCAAGUGGUGAAGUGGUGGUAAAACCUAAAAAAACCCCAUCAAAAACUCCAAACAAGAACCGAUCAAACGGUUCGAAAACUCCGACACCGAACAAAAUCUCGAAAACACCAGUGGCGGAUCGUUUUAUUCCAGUCAGGAGCACGAGUAAUUUCGAUUUGGCUCAUUACAAACUGAAUCAAGAUGAAGAUUCCUCUGACAGUCCCACGAAGAAAGAACUACAAAAAGCAAUGUGCGAAAAUUUGCAUGGGGGCGAUAUCAAUUCUCAGAAGAUUCUUACGUACACGAAUAAGCCGCCGACAGCCCCAGCCGGUUUUCAAAACCCCAUGCGCGUUAUUUAUACUCAAACUAAGACUCCGGCAUCUGUUAAGAGCAAUAAUCGGUAUAUUCCACAUGCUCCUGAUAGAAUUUUGGACGCUCCCGAUAUUGUUGAUGACUAUUAUUUAAAUCUGAUGGAUUGGAGUGCUGGAAAUAUUCUAGCCGUAGCUCUGGGUGCCCACGUUUAUUUAUGGAAUGCUGGAACUGGUAAUAUUGAAGACCUCCUGGAAUUGCAAGGCAACGAUUAUGUUUGUUCUUUGGCUUGGAUUCAAGACGGUGACCAUUUGGCUGUUGGUACUACAAAUGGUACUGUGGAGUUAUGGGAUUGCGGCCGAACCAAACGCCUCAGAGUCAUGGAUGGACAUUCAGCACGCGUUGGUUCACUAUCAUGGAAUUCAUAUGUGUUGACAAGUGGCUGCCGAAGUGGUCAAAUAAUUCACCACGAUGUGCGUCAACGCGAACAUGUCAUUACGACUCUUUCGGGUCAUACACAAGAAGUUUGUGGUCUGAAAUGGUCACCAGAUGGCCGUUAUUUAGCGAGUGGAGGCAAUGACAACGUUUUAAAUAUUUGGCAAAGCAUCACAGGAGGACAUCACACCAACAGCCAACCGCUUCAUGUUUUUACCGCUCAUCAAGCCGCUGUUAAAGCUUUGGCGUGGUGUCCAUGGCAAGCUCACGUUCUUGCUAGUGGUGGUGGUACCGCAGAUCGACAUAUUAGGUUUUGGAAUUGUAAUAUUGGGUCUUGUAUUAAUUCGAUUGAUACCAAAUCGCAAGUUUGUGCUCUUUUGUGGAGUAGCAAUUACAAGGAAAUUAUUUCUGGACACGGUUUUGCUAAUAAUGAAUUGAUUAUAUGGAAGUAUCCAGCUAUGAGUAAAGUAGCUGAAUUGACGGGACAUACUGCAAGGGUACUACAUUUGGCAAUGUCGCCUGAUGGGAGUACAGUUUUGUCAGCAGGUGCCGAUGAGACUCUAAGGUUAUGGAAAUGUUUCGUUAAGAACUCGACUAAGAAUAAGACUGGAGUGCAGACUCGGGAAAAACCGAGUAUUCUUAAACAGUGUAUUAGAUAAAUUAGUGGUUAAUCUUGUAACAAUGUAUCAUUUCUUUAAUAAAUAAAAUUCAUUUUGA